GUUAAAGUUGACAUUAUUGAUAUUUCAAAAAUAUCAUAGAAAAAUCUUAAUCAUUGUUCGUUUUAUUUUAAUAGAAUUACAAUUAUUUUUUAAAAUAUCAAAUAAACAUAGAUUAAAGACAGUUGAUUAAUUCAGUCAUAUUGUAAUUUUGCGUUUUUUUUCUGUCCAAAGGGGAGCAAUCUAUUCCAACAAUGUCUGAUAGGUUAAAAAGUACUAGCCAAAUUUCAAAUGAACAAAUUGUAGAGGACUUAACAAAGGAUUUGGAGUUUAGUUUAAGCACAGAGGAGCCGAAAGAAGAGAAUGUGAUAAACCCAGGUUCUAGUAUAGAAGAAUUUGCUCCGCCCACGACGCAUACACAGAAAAUUGAAGACAUUCCCAAAGACACAGACUUUGAUGAUGAUUACGAAGACAGAGACAAAAGCAAUGAGAGUGACUCGGAUUCAAUAGACGAAGUGUCACUCAAGGAUGCCGAAGUGGACCUGACUGAUGACCAGAAGGAGGAACGGAGACUGGUCGCCGAAGAGUUGAAGGUGGCAGGCAAUAAUGCAUUCAAAGUGGCAGAGUACGAGCGAAGCAUAGACAAAUACACUGAAGGUUUGAAAAUCUGUCCACUGCAGUGGUCACAGCUACGCGCGGUCCUGUACUGCAACAGGAGCGCCGCCAAGAUGAAACUUGAAAAGUACAGUAAAGCUAUCAAAGACUGUACAAAGGCUAUAGAAUUGGACGAAAAAUAUGUAAAAGCGUAUAUUAGACGAGCACAGUCCUACGAAGCGACAGAUAAAUUGGACGAAAGUCUAGCGGAUUACAAGAAGAUUCUAGAAUUAGAUCCAGGACACAAAGAAGCAUUGAAAGCGACUGUACGCCUCCCGCCGCUCAUAGAGGAGAAGAAUGAAAAACUAAAAACAGAAAUGCUAGGGAAAUUAAAAGACCUAGGCAAUAUGCUUUUGAAACCGUUCGGUUUGUCGACAGAAAAUUUCCAAAUGGAACAAGAUCCUGAAACCAAAGGAUAUAAAAUUAAUUUUAAGCAAUAAAUUAUGUAUAUAAUAAUAUAUUUAUAAAAUUAUU